UUGUCUUUAAAGAGAAUUCCUUGAUUGUCCACGAUGCCAGAUGCCGUAGGGAACAUAGUGGUAUUUACUUCCUUGGAAAUCCUUCUGAAUAGGGCAGAAAACUCUUUUCCCAGGAUGAUUCAGAGUCAACUUAUUCAGAGCAGGAGUAAUGGACCUGAUAAUUAUAUUCCCUGGGGAUCAUUUUUUUAAAUGUUAACUUAUUAUUCAUAUCUAUGUGGACAUGUGUUGCUAUUAGUUGCCCACUAUCCCUUCAUUCUUCUUCUAAUAAUAACACCCUAAAUUUUUAGUAAAAGUGAUUCUCUCAGAUUCUUGUGUUCAUCAAAGAGGGUGAUUACACAACCCAAGACAGGCUAACAACAUUCUACCCCUUUCUCCUGACAGUGCACUGGAACAAGAAUUGAAACCAUGACCCAAGCUAGGUACAUCAGGAUCUGAUCUUUCUCCAAGAGAUUUGAAUAUUGAGCCAAAACAAACAAACAAAAAAGAAGGCAUUUGGAACAGAGUCAAUCUGACUGUAAUAGCCUAAUAGACUGUCUAUGAAACCAUGCUCCCCUGGCAAUUGUCCUUUCUUAGGUCAUAUUUGUUUUAAGAAUCUGUGGUGACACAAUGGUUUAGUGUUCAGCUGCUAACCAAAAGGUUGGUGGUUCGAACCCAUCCAGUGACUCUGCAGGAGAAAGACCUGGUGAUCUGCUCACAUAAAGAUUAUAGCCUAGAAAACACUAUGGGGCAGUUCUACUCUGUCACGUGGGGUUGCAAUGAGUCAAAAAUCCACUCAAUGACACCUAACAACAAAAACAGCAGGUCAUAUUUUUAAUAAAAAUAGUAAUAAUAGCAAAUUUGUUACAUUUCUUAACUCUUGCCAAGAACUGUGCGAACUAUCCAUGGUAGGCAGAAUGGCAUCCCAAAGAUGUUCUCCUUCUAAUCCCUGGAAACUUUUGAAUAUGUGCAUAUGCAGCUAAAUUUAUGAACCUUACGAUAGGGAAAUUAUCAUGAAUUACCAUGGUGGGCCAAAUAUAAUGAAUUCUUGAAAGCAGUGAACCUCCUCCCCUUGAAGGCAGGAAAGAUGAGGCAGAAAGGGAGAUCAGAAAGAUUUUAACUGUGAGAAUCUUAAAAUCUAAGAUUGCUGCAAAGUUUGUGGUAAUUUUUAUGACAGCAAUAGAAAACUAUAUCGAUUUUGGUGUCGGGAGUGGGGUGCUGCUAUUAAAAAAAAAACUAAAAAUGUGGAUGUUGCUGUGGAAUCAGGUGGUGGAUGGUAGCUGGAAACAUUUGUAGAAGAUGAUGGAAAAAGCCUAGAUUGCCAUGAACAGUUUGUUAGCAGAAAUAUGGACAUUUGAGACCUUGGCAGGGAAGGUUCAGAAGGAAAUUAGGAACAUUGGAAACUGGAGGAAAGGAAAUACUGGCAAGAAGCUUAAGAAAAUUGUGUCCUGCAGUUAUGUGGAAAGUAGGUAUGUAGAUGAGACUUCCCAGCGAAGUGUUGAAGAUGUGGUCUGGUUUCUUCUCGCUGCUUAUAUUAAAAUGCAAAAGGAAAGAAAAACUGAAGGAAGAACUGUUAUACAAAAAGGAACCAUACUUGAUAAUUUGUGAAAUUCUCAGCUUAUUCCCAUGGAAAAAAACAUUAAAAUUAAGAGAUUCAGUGUCAGGAAAAGUGCACUCUCGGAGAAAAAACUGAAUUUGUGAUUUUACAAUCCUUUGCUGAAACCUUGAAACAAUCAAAAAUUUAGAGUAUUCAGUCACAAGGAACUAAGGGUGUGACUCAUAGAUUCCCGCAAUCAAACCAGAAGCCUCUAGGAAACUUUGUUUUGUAGGACUUUGUCCUGCAGCCAUCUCAGCAGAACACAAAUAUAAGAAGGGAUUAUCUAAUAAAAUUUUGUGGACCUUGCUUCUGUAUAUCAGAGUGAGACCCUACUACAUUCAUGGAAGAUUUAAAAAGUUCUUGAUCCUUUAAUUGGAAAUAUUGAUUGGACUGAAAGAGACAGAGAAUGCAUGAAAUGCAAGAAGGCUGUCAACUCCCCCAUGUUCUUCUGGCAAGAAGGAGCUUAUAAAAAACAGCUGCAAAUCAUGCUAUCUUUCAUAAAUAGAGAACGAUAACUCAGCUGGAAAAGACACCAACCCACAGGUCGGAUCAAGAGCCACAGAAGAUUAUUCCCAGGUUUCAAAACCUAAUAGAUUUUGAAAUUGCUUUGAGCUGAUGACUCUUUUUGCCUUCAAUUUUCUCAUUUGUUGAACUGGAAUGACUAUAUCUGUUACCCUAGGCCUGUCUCACCAUUAUAUGUUAGGAGCAGAAAACUUGUCCUUUUAGUAUCAUAAAUUCACAGAUAGGGGAAAAAUGUACCUCAGCAUGGAUUUAUACCCAGAGUCCCAUCUGUAACUAAUUUAGAUGAUAAGAUUUUGGACUUUUGAGCUGAUAAGAUUUACAUAGGAUUUUGGACUUUGAGUUGAUGCUGUAGUGGAAUAAGAUCUUUGGGACCUUGAGAUGGGGUGAAUGUAUUUUGUAUGUGGGAUGGACAUGAAUCUUUGGGGGUGAAAAGGCAGGCUGAAGUAGGCAGAAUGCCUCCACAGAGAUGUCCUCAUCCUAAUCUCUGGAACCUGUGAGUACCUUGUGUUAUGUGAAAAAAAAAAAGGACAGGACAGAUAUAAUUAAAAUUAUAGACUUUAAAAUAAUGAGAUUAUCCUAGAUUAUCUAAGGUGGGCAAAACCUACUCACACAAUCCUUAAAAACAGAGAAACUACUCUGACUGUAGGCAGGAAAAAUGAUGUAGAAGGACAGAUCAAAGAUAUUCUCAGCAUGAGAAUUACUGACUCUGAAGAUAGAGGGGACAUGAGCCAUGGAUUGUGGGUGGUCUUUAGAAGACUAGAAUGAUCCCCAGCCAACAGACAAGAAGCAAACAGGAGGGAUCUCAGUCCUAUAUCCACACAGGAAUUCUCCCAACAACCUGAAUGUACUCUCCUGCAGAUCCUGGAUGUCAGGUUUGUGAGACCUGGAGCAGAGAAAGCAAUUGACUUUACCCAGACUUCUGACCUAAAGUACUGUGAGAUAAUAGAUAUGUGUUGUUUUAAGCCACUAAAUUUGUGGUAAUUUCUUAAGACAGAAGUAAAAAACUCAUUCAGUACAAAUGUCGUUAUUAUCUUAAUCAUACCAACAGGUAUGUAAGGUGAGUUUUAUUGUUAGCUUCUCUUUGCUGAUGAGGAAAUUAGAUAUAUGAUGUUUGUGUUGUAUGCCUGUCCAGUGAUUCAUAGCAAGGAAGUGCUGGAACUGGGAUUUUAAUCCAGGCAGUCUGAAUCCAGAGUCUGUGAUCUUUAUCACUGAACUUCUUCUCUAUUAACUCUAAAAGGUUACCACAUCAUUUUCGUAAGUAUCUGCUACCAGAUUCAGUUGCUUACAACGAAAGAAUCGGUUUCAUUGAAGCUUCCAGACUAAGAUGGACUAGAUUCAGGAGGUCUUACCCAAGAGGAGAACCGGGAAUGUCAUGGAAGGAGUCUUCACAGUUUCUGAGCAGGUUUAAAAAUUGUGACCGCUAUUGAUGUAUUGAAGAAAUACACAUAGUUUGCUGUGGGAUACCCACAUUCUGGAUUUAAUUGACUUUCUUCCUUGUUAUUUAGCUUGUCCCCCUACGCUAAAUUUUAUCUUGAGAAAAGACUUGUGCCUUAAAACAUACUUCAUGAGUGGAGUUUUGCACUUCAUGCUGCAUUUCGCCUGGAGAAAUAUGAUUUUUAGUUAUCCCACUUGUUUUGAUGACAAGAUUGAUCAGUCGGUUCAAGUGAUAACAGUCUUAUCCCUUCAUUAUAAAGCUCUCCAUCCUUCUUUUACUUGAAGAUUUUUACCAUAAGCUGAUGGGCAUUGUCUGAAGCAGUAUUUCAUUUGAAGCUUCAAAAUAGUAAUUUUACAAUAUUUAUUCCUUCUUUGUUUUCUGAUUUCUUAUCCACUAUGGUUUCUUUGAAAUAUAGUUUAUGCUAGAAGGCAAGAUAAGUAUGUAAUUCCUUUGCUUUAAUUAUCAAUUUUCAAAGCGAUCUCCAUUGAUGUCCAGACAGCUUUUUUUUCUGUCCUUUCAUUGCUGUUGAUUAAGUGAUUGAUGGUAUAUUGUUAUUCGAACAUGCCUUUUUAUAUAUUCAGUGUGUUUUAAUCAAUUUCAGUUAUUAUUUUUUUAAAUAAAAAUAUCCCAUCCUUGGCCUGUAGUCUGGCUCUUUGUCCUCUUGAUGACUGUAUUAGGUUUUAAUGGCUUCCUUACUUUCUGGCGCACACACACAUACACACACAAAGAUCCCAGAUAUGUACACUUUAUGCCCUAGGCCUGGAAUCAGCCAUUUUCCUAAGAAACCCUGGAUCUUUUAAUAGUGCAGAUAUCCCAUGCCGUUUGAAAAUUCACUUUACACCAUUUCACUUUUAUGAAAGGCCUACAUUAGUACCUGUUUUCACUAACCAAAAGAAAUUUGAAGAUUUUCACUUUUACAAAAAAAAAAGGCAAAAAGCAGAAAUAGCAUUCAGAGCUUGUUUUGCAGUGAACCAUUAAAGAGGCAGUGGUACCCUGAGCAGUGAGAGUGGCGUUCCAGCCUCUUUCCGCGGAACUACACUCAGCAUGUUAGCAGAAACCUGCCAUAGCUUUUAACUGUCUGUGAGCAUCUGUGGUUUAUUUUAUGCAUCCAUUAACAAGGUGUGUCCUAAGGUAUCAGAAAAGCCCAAGAGAACUUGGAAGGGUUUUGUGCAUUAUUUGGUAUGAUUUGGCAGGUAUUUUUUGAACCUGGAAUGCUCAAAAAAUAUUCCCUUUUAAAUUAAUAAUUGCUUCUUCCCUCUACUCCAUUUGGCUUACAAAAGGUUUCAUGGGAAUUCUCUACUUUUAGAUAAUGGGGGAAACCUAUAUUUGGAAACCAAAAUUAGGGAGCCGUAGGUGAACAUUACUAUUUUAUUAUUACUUCUAGUCCUUUUUCAUAGACAGAGCCUUUUUAAGUAGGGAAAAAAGUAACAACUUCAUAUAUAUUUCAAAGUCAAAUUUAAGAUUGCCAAAAUUUUUACUUCUUUAAUUUUGUAUUUUGUCACUUUGUUGUUAUGUUGAAAUAUAGAGUCCUACCAAUAUUAGCAUUAUAUAUUUUUUAUGAUUCAAUUAUUCACACCAUAGUUUCAAAAAACAAUGCUGGCUCCACCCAUGAAAGAUAUCAGCAGAGAGAGAGCACGGGAAAGCAGCUUCACGAAGUUCCCAGCAGGAGACAGAACACCUGCUGGACCUGCCCUGGAGCACCAUAGCUGAAUGGCUGACUGGCUCUGCCCAUUGGACAAGGAGGUGAAAAGUAUUGUGACUACAGAAGAGCAAACAACAAAGAAUGCACAGCCCCCGUGCUCAGACAUAACCAAAUAAAACAAAACAACACGAUGAAACAAACAAAUCUACAAUCAAGAAAUGAAGAAAAUAACUACUGAAUGCCCUGAAGACAGCAGACAAUAUCAAAAUAUAAAAAAUAAAAAAGAGAGAGAGAGAGAGGAUGCUCCCAGUAGGCAUCAAAAAUAAAAUACCAGAUGACUUUCCAGUAGAAGAAGGCACUAGAACUACCUGACAGGGAAUUCAAAUCUCUAAUAUUCAGAGCAAUCCAAGAGUUGAAGCAAAAAGGAGGAAAAAAUAGACAAAUUUUUGGAAAAGGCAGAUAAAUUCAUGGAAAAUACAGACAAAAAAAGUGGAGCAAUUCAGGAAAGUAAUACAGGAACAAAAUACCAAAAUAAAUUCACAACUAGAAAUCAUACAAAAACAACAAUUAGAAAUCCAAAAGAUAAACAAGAUUUCAGAAAUGGACAGUGUCAUAAAGGGCUGAGGAGCAGGUCUGAAACAAUGGAAGACAGAAUCAGAGAAAUUGAAGACAUGCACUUGAAUACAACUCUAUCUGAGGAAAAACCAGAAAAAAAAAGACAAAGAAAAAUGAAGAAACCCUGAGAAUUAUGUGGGAUAAAAUCAAAAGCAAAAAUUUGCCAGUGAUUGAAGUUUCAGAACAGGGAGAGAAAAUGGAAAACACAGGGAGGAUCAUUGAGGAAUUGCUGUCAGAAAACUUCCCUAAUAUCAUGAAUGAUGAAAAGCUGACCAUCCAAGAAGCUCAAUGAGCCCCAUAUAGGAUAGGCCCCAAAAGAAAUACACCAGGAAGUAUCAUAAUCACACUUGCUAAAAUCAAAGACAAAGGAAAAAUCCUGUGAGGAGGUCGAGAAAAACAAAAGUCACAUACGGAGGAGAAACAAUAAGGCUAAGCUCUGAUUAUUCAACAGAAACCAUGCAGUCAAGAAGGCAAUGGGAUGACAUAUACAAAACCUUGAGAGAAAAAAAUUGCCAAUCAAGAAUAAUAUAUCCUGUAAAACUUUUGUUCAAAUACGAUGGUGAAAUUAGGACAUUUCCAGAUAAACAGAAAUUAAGGGAAUAUGUAAAAACCAAAAAAAUUUACAAGAAUUACUAAAGGGAGUCCUUCGAUCUGAGAAUAAACAACAUCAGACCACAACCUGAAUGUGGAAUGCAAGAUUGUAUCAGCCAGAUACCAACCUAGGAAAUUAAUUCUCAAGGACUAUCCAAAACCAAAACACUUGCCACAGGGAACCAGAGAGGCUAAUCUGUAAAUGACAACAAUGUCAGAACAAUAAAAGAGGGAAUAAACGGUAUAGGUAUAGAACUUUCUAAUGACGAGGAAGACAAAGCAAUACUAAGUAAUAAUAGCCUGGGUCAAACCUAGAAAGAUAAGGGUAAAUUUCAAGGUAACCACAAAGAAAGUUAACAAACUUACUCAUCAAAAUAAAGAAGAAAAACAUUAAGUCUCAAUAAAAACAAAAUCUCCAAAAACAAAAGAAAUGAAAAAGAAAUCCACGAGCAAAAGGAACUCAGCACAGGAGAGUAAGAGGAACAAAGAAAAUGUUAGAUGAAUCUGUGAAGGAUCUCAUAACGUGGAUGCAUAUGGAAGACAUGCUGAGUGAAAUAAGUCAAUCGCAAAAGGACAAAUACUGUAUGAAACCACUACUGUAAAAACUCAUAAAAAGGUUUACAUACAAAAAGAAACAAUCUUUGAUGGUUAUAAGGGAGGGGGAGGGUGGGAAUGGAGAAACACUUAAUAGGCAAAAGAUGAGCAGUAACUUUGGUGAAGAGUAAGACAGUGCAUAAUACUGGGGAAGCCAGCAUAACCUGUACAAGGAAAGGCCAUUGUAGCUCCAUAGACACAUCCAAACUUCCUGAGGGACCAAACUGCUGGGCUGAUGGCUGUGGGGACCAUGGUCUCAGGGAACAUCUAGCUCAAUUGGCAUAACAGAGUUUAUAAAGGAAAUUUUCUACAUUCUACUUUGGUGAGUAGAGUCUGGGGUCUUAAAAGCCUGUGUGUGGCCAUCUAGGAUGCUCCACUGGUCUCACCCCUUUGGGAGUAAGGAAGAAUAAAGAAAACUAAAGACACAAGGGAAAGAUUGGUCCAAAGGACUAAUGGACCACAUCUACCACGGCCUCCACCAGACUGAGUCCAGUACAACUAGAUGGUUCCCGGCUACCACCACUCACUGCUCUGACAGGGAUCACCAUAGAGGGUCCCUGACAGAGCUGGAGAAAAAUGUAGAACAACAUUCUAACUCAAAAAGAAAGACUAGACAUGCUGGCCUGACAGAGACUGGAGAAAACCUGAGAGUAUGGCCCCUGGACACCCCUUCAGCUCAGUAAUGAGGCCACUGCUGAGGUUCACCCUUCAGCCAAAGAUUGAACAGGUCCAUGGAACAAAACAAGACUAACGGGGUACACCAGCCCUGGAGCAGGGACUGGAAGGCAGGAGGAAAUAGGAAAGUUGGUAAUAGGGAACCCAGGGUUGAGAAGAGAGGGUUGACAUGUCGUGGGGCUGUUAACCAAUGUCAUUCAACAAUACGUGUACUAACUGAUGAGAAACUAGUUUGUUCUGUAAACCUUCAUCUAAAGUUUAAUAAAAAAGAAAGAAGAAAAUACCCAAUAUUAUUACUAACAAUAAGACUACUGAAUGAAGUGUCUCUCAUUAAGGCAGCUCAGUCAAAAUCCUAUAAUCUAAGAUCAGUUGAAAAAAUUAUUUUCUGUGGUUAUAUCACCACCUUGGUAUACAACUAGGUUCAUUUGUUUUAGUUUUGUUUUUAAUUUUAGGGUUUUAACUUAAUUUUUCUGUUUUUAUUUUAUAAAACAGAUAAUUCAGAAGUGAAUACUAUAUAACAGAGUACAUUCAAAUGGUGUCACUUUCAUCCCUGGAGCUUCCGUCAUGUUUGUGUUUUCCCUCCCUCUAUAGCCUCUCAGAGAGAAAACUACAUCUAUUCCCAGAGUUCGGAAGUUGUGGUACAGCCACUUUUAAUGAAAAUCACCGGAUUCCUGAUGUAGUCACCUGUCAACCUAAAGCUCCAGGAUAUUGUCUUCACCAAUAAGCUUGAUAAACUCCUCUGGAGUUCUCUGAAGAUUCUGUCCCCUGUUAACAUGCUCUUUGAGGUGCUUUCUUCUUCCCUUCAGUCCCUUACUCUCUCCCUGGCUCUCUAAAGAUUUAGUUUCCUUCUGAAGUCUCUCAUUUAUCUCCCAGGUUUUGAGACAGAUCUGCAAAACAGCCCCGUGUUAUCUCUUCCCUAACGUGCUCUAUUCUGCUCUUCCAAAACACUUCUCUUCUUCUCCUGGGGAAGACUUAGCAAUUACAAUAGAUCAGAAAUCUUGUUUCCAGCUCUCCAAAAUUUGUAAGAAAUAUAUUAUUUCCCCUAACUUUAUUCAAUUUACAGAAGGGGAAAUUUUAAUUAUGAGGUCACACGAUAUUACAAACAUCAAACAGCUAGUAAGUGAUGUAAUUGGAUAUACCACACCUGUCUCUAAAUUGUAGGAUGUCGGCUACAUUUGGCUGCAGUUCUUGAACCUCAAGUAUAAAGUCUGUAAUUUAUCUUGGAGAAGCUGAGUCCAUCAUCUGAUAGCAGCACAGAUGGAAAUACAGUAGGCUGAGGACAUGAGGGGUAGAUUUCUCACUCUUCAUGCCUUACUAUCUCUCCUCAUCAACCACACUUUAUAAGUUUCAAAGAGUUGCUUUAUCUGCCCUAAGGCAUGUGGAACAGGAUCAAGGUAUAAUCUGGGAAAAGUUAUAUAGUAGAUGAUGCUCGUCACCAGUGCCCUCAUAUCUCUGGCAUUAGUAUUUCUUUUUAUUCAUACUAGAUGCCUCUUCAUAAAACCAGGGCUUUAAACUCCCUUGUGAUCAAGCUUAUCUCCCCAAAUCAAUAAAACUCUUGACAACUUUCUCCUUCUGAUUCCCACUCAUUCAUACACUUAUUCACGUUCUUUGAUAAUACUUUCUGAUCAACGUUAUGAAACAAAGUCAUAUUUCAUUCUGUCAUGACUGGUCGUUAGCUGCUUUUCCUUUGGACAGAAUGCAAUUAACCAUUCCACCUAAUGAUGUAAAUAUCUGGCAACAAACCUACUGCUUUAAGCUUCCUGAAAGUGGUGUCAUUUAUGCUUAGAAACAACAGGAGAAAGAAAUCACUCAUGGUGACACUUUAGGCACCGGUCAUGAAAAAAAGGUAGGUUUUUACUUAUUUUACUUAUUUACAUUGAGGGAAUCCUUCUGGCACUUUACAAAUACCCUAAAAAGAAAUCCAGUUUUCCACUUCUAUAGAAGUCAAGUCCCUGGCCAGCAACUUUUCCUAAUGCUGUAAUUUUUGUGUACAGAUACACUAUGCAGGCUUAUCUCAUCUUUCUCUUAGUUGCAAGGAUGUAGUUCUUUCCACAAGUCAUAGAAACUUGGAGUUAACAAGUAGGAAUAUAUUUGGAGGUGGGAGGUAGCAAAGAGGCUUUUCUUUGUACUAUCCUGAAAUCAUAUGACAAAGGCACCACAGCCCCUUCUACACCCAUUGGUAAUGUGGACCUUCUGCCCGACAUAAAGGAUUUCACAAUUUAAUCCCCUCCUUGCCACUUCUUUCAUACUCUCUGGAGAAAAUACAGUGAUCUCAGUGCCAGGAGCCCAAGUGGACACUAUGGCCUGACCUAAAUCAAGGAAUGAAGUGGGAAAAUUUUAGCAAUUAUUUUCAUAAUCCAUUCCUUAAAUAAUUGGAAAUAAAUAUGCAGACAUUUGAAAAAAUAUAUACACAAUUCAUUAUUUCUUAUUGGUAGCAUAUAAUUCACUGUGGUAUUAAUUUUCAAUAGAUCUCUUCCCAAUUCUGCUCAAAUAUAGGGUUCUCAACACUAGCUGCACAAGCUGAAUAAUUUUCCCUGGAUGUGAAUAAUUUGUCACUGGAUCUGAAAGCAUUGUUGCUACAGCCUGGUGCUGCUGGUUAUUCAGACAGGUAACUGGACUUAGUCACCCCAAUGCUUGGUUAAUAGUCAGAGAAGAGAAACUCUAGUUUCCUUUUAUCAACUGAACAUACUUAUCUUGUGUCAGAAUAGGAAAGGCCAGAAUGGACUAGACUUGGACAAAUUAUAGAAUAGUUGCAUUAGUCUAGGGUUGAGGCUGCAAGUCAUCGGUUUCAGAACAAAGUAGGAAAACAUGGAUGAGUUUUGGGGUGAGAAUGUAGCUCCAGUUGGCAUGUGGACUUCCAAAGCUGACUGAGACGUUGAUGGGCGAUUACUCUGGUUAUAAAACUAUUAGAAGGGAUUUAAGCUGGGCAUGGAAUAGGUGUCCAGAUAUUGCCCUGUUGCAGAUAUUUUUCUGGAACAGCUUUUAUGGUCAAAUGUACGUAGGUGUUUCUUGUGACAAUAUACCUGGGUUAUCACUCUACCGAUCAGUUUGGAUUAAUUUUUUUUCAUUUAAUUUCACUUGAAAUUUAAAACUAAUAAAUCUCCAUUUAAGGAAAUGGAAUAAAACUACCAAAAAAAAAAAAAAAACAAUACUCACCACCCUAACUCAAACUCUAGGUCUUUUAUCCUCCAGUGUUCCAGUGUCUGAAUCUUCCAAGCUACCUUAGCCUUCUACUUCCACAGUAUCACCCAUCACUUUGUGAUCCUCAGUACUUAUAACACACCUACAGUAUCUGAAUUUCAAGCAUCCCUCUAUCAAACCACUAUCUCCUAAAUUUAUGACUUGCUUACCUUAGCAUCUCUACAGAUGCAAUUCUUCAAACCCAAACCAGUGACUUUGCCAGUUGUUCCCUAUCUUCUGCAUGUCCCAGUUUAAUUACUUGCACAUCCUUGUUUCUGCAAUUCAUUCACUCUGCAAGCAUGCUUUACUUGUUGAUUUCUUUUUUCUUUGUCACUCCAUAUGCCUGGCAAAAACCCAAGCCAGUUAAAACCAAGUAUCUGUCUGCCUCACACAUGUGCUUAAGCAUCUGAAUGUUACCACAGAUAAUCACCUACUUGUUUAAACUAGUCCUAAAAUCUAAAAUGAGCAGUUAAUCCUACUGCAUUUCUUUUGUAAAUUUAUCUUCUACUUGCUCUAUUUUGUCUCCUUGAGUCAUCAAAAUCUCUCACCUGACCUUACUGAAAGCACGCACUGUAUACACAGGGAGAUGUUGUUGUUUUUAGUUGCUGCUGAGUUGAUUCUGACUCUUGGUGACCCUAUGCAAUGCAGAGUAGAACUGUUCCAUAAGGUUUUUAUUGGCUAUGAUCUUUAGGGAAGCAGAUAGCCAGGCCUUUCUUAAGUGAAGCCACUGGGUGGGUUCGAAUAGCCAACCUAUCAGUUAACAGCAAAUCAUACAGCUCUUGUUCUACCCAGGGAUCUUACACACAGAGAGAUAGAGAUCGAGAUAGAGCUGUAUAUGGAGAGGGAAACAGAAGGAGAAUCUGUUCAUGAUCUCACUACACACUUGAUCAAAAACUUUGCAAAAAUCAGUUGGAAAAUCUUGCAUAUUCCAGCCAUAAAAUCUGUGGGGCUGACUCUGUCCCCACUCUCUUUAUCUUCCCCCUAUUUAUAAUCAAUAAAGGGGCCUUCCUCUUAUCUAAGGACAAAAUUCCACUUGUGCUCUGGAUCCCACCCAUUUUCUGUCUCUUAAGGAUUUCACUUCUGUUAUUAGAUCCUUUCUCUGCUGCAUCAAAAAUAUUCUCUCUAUUCCCAUCAAGCAUGCAAAAUGUUCUUGAAUUAAUAUCCAUCUUAAAAAUAAAAGACAGAAACUCCUAAAGGCAUAACAGGAUGAUCCAGGAAAUUGCAUAAGGGGUUGAUAAAGGGGAGGUGGACUGUCCUCCGAGAUUAUCAACAUUAUCAUGAUGAUUAUGAAGUUAGCUUAGAAAUAUCUGAGCAUGGUUUUCAGCAUAAUCAUAAAAAUAAUGUACUUGGGCAAGAGGGCUAAGGUACUAGGGUAAACUGGGAGGCCCAAAGGGAGUGUUGAUGUCUUCUCUUUCUUGGAUUCCUAGGAUAAAUGUUCUUUUUAUCACUAUGGGAAACCACAGUGUAUUCAGUGAAUUUAUCCUCCUUGGGCUAUCUUCCGAUCCUCAGACCCAGGCUCUUCUCUUCUUGCUCUUCCUGGUGAUUUACCUCCUGACCUUGAUGGGAAACCUGGUGAUGCUGCUGGUGAUCAGGGCUGAUUCCCAUCUCCACACACCCAUGUACUUCUUUUUGGGACAACUGUCCUUCCUGGACCUCUGCCACUCUUCUGUCACCGUACCCAAGAUGCUGGAGAAUCUGCUUUCUGAAAGCAAAACCAUCUUUGUACAGGGCUGCCUGGCUCAGGCCUUCUUUGUGUUUGCCACAGGAGGCACCGAGGCCUUUUUGCUGGCAGUGAUGGCCUAUGACCGCUAUGUGGCCAUCAGCUCCCCGCUGCUCUAUGGUCAGGUGAUGAGUAACCAGCUGUGUGUCGGGUUGGUAUGGGGCUCCUGGGGCCUGGCCUUUGUUGAUGCUCUCAUCAAUAUCCUUCUGGCUGUCAAUUUAGAUUUUUGUGAGGGCCAGACUAUCCCCCAUUUCAGCUGUGAGCUGUCUUCUCUCUUCCCUCUGUCUUGCUCUGAUACCUCCAUCAACUUCACGCUCCUGCUCUGCUCCUCCGUCUUGCAUUUCUUUGGAACCUUUGUCUUGAUUUUCUUCUCCUACACUCGUAUUGUCUCCACCAUUAUGAACAUCAGCUCCACCUCCAGCAGAAGCAAGGCCUUCUCUACCUGUUCCUCCCACCUCACUACUGUGAUCUUCUUCUAUGGCUCAGGUUUCCUCAGCUAUCUGUUACCAACCUCAGGUUCCCCCCUAGAGAUGAUCUUCCCUUUGCAGUACAGUGUGGUCACUCCCAUGCUAAAUCCCCUCAUCUACAGCCUCCAGAACAAGGAGGUGAAGGCAGCUAUGAGAAGAAUGUUCAGAAAAUACAUAAACUCUUUCACAUAGUGGGCCAGAGAAGCAGAGCCAUGGAGAAGCUAAAUUGUCCUGCCACAAGAUAUCUGGUAACUGGAAAUGAAGGAGAAUUUCCUGAUUGUCCAUCAUGCCAGCUGUCAUCAUCCUAAUACAUGUGUAAGAAGAGAGCAGCCUGCUCUAUUCUUAGAGCAACUCAUAUUCAUCCUUAUUCAGAGGAAGAGAAAUGGGUCAGAUAACAUUUUUCAAGGUAUUGUUUUGCAAAAAUAAUAAGUAUUUAUGUUGUAGAGGACAUCUGUUCUUUUUGCCUGCCCAGCAUUUUCCACCCUUCCUCUAGUAACUGCACAUAUCAUUGUAAUACCUUACUUUGUCUUCUCGAGCUGCCCUUGAAAUCUCCUAUUCAGCUCUUUUGCUUCAUCAUUCCUUCCUUUCACUUUAGCUACUCCACAUUCAAGAGCAAGUUUCAGAGUCUCUCCUGACAUCCAUUAAGUAAAGUAUUAUAAUGAAAUGUGCAAAAACCUGGAAUUAGGAAAGGAAAAGGGAAGAACACACUUACAUUUCUGAAGCUGAAAGAAAUGAAGAAAAAAUUCAAGCCUUGAGUUGUAAUACUGAAAGAUUCUACAGAGAAAAUAUUAGACAAUACAGGAAGCAUCAAAAGAAGAUGAAAGGAAUACACAGAGUCACUAUACCAAAAAGAACUGGUCAAUGUUCAAUCAUUUCAGGAGGUAGCAUAUGAUAAGGAACCAAUGGUACUGAAGGAAGAAGUCCAAGCUGUGCUGAAGUCAUUGGAGAAAAACAAGGCUCCAUGAGUUGACAGAAUACCAAUGGAAAUGUUUCAACAAACAGAUGCAGCACUGGAAGUGCUUACUCAUCUAUGCCAAGAAAUUUGAAAGACAGAUAUCUGGCCAACUGACUGAAAAAGAUCCAUAUUUAUGUCUAUUCCAAAGAAAAGGGAUCCAAUCGAAUGUGGAAAUUAUCAAACAAUAUCAUUAAUAUAGCACACAAAAUUUUCUGAAGAUCAUUCAAAAGCAGCUAGCAGCAGUGUAUCAACAGGGAACUGCUCGAAAUUCAAGCCAGAUUUAGAAGAGAAUGUGGAAAAAGAGAUAUCAUUGUUGAUGCCAGAUGGAUCCUGGCUAAAAGUAGAGAAUACCAGAAAGAUGUUUAUCUGUGUUUUAUUGACUAUGCAAAGGCAUUUGACUGUGUGGAUCAUAAUAAAUUAUGGAUAACAUUGACAAGAAUGGGAAUUCCAGAACACUUAGUUGUGCUCAUGAAGAACCUGUACGUAGGUUAAGAGCCAGUCAUUCCGACAGAACAAGGGGAUAUGGUGUGGUUUAAAGUCAGGAAAGGUAUGCGUAAAGGUUAUAUCCUUUCACCAUAUUUAUUCAAUCUGUAUGCUGAGCAAAUAAUCCGAGAAGCUGGACUAUAUGAAGAAGAACUAGGCAUCAGGAUUGGAGGAAGACUCAUUAACAACCUGCAUUAUGCAGAUGGCACAACCUUGCUCGCUGAAAGUGAAGUCUUGAAGCACUUACUGAUGAAUAUCAAAGACCACAGCCUUCAGUGUGAAUUACACCUCAAUAUAAAAAAUAUAUAUAAAAUAUAAAAAUAAUCCUCACAACUGGACCACUAGGCAAAUCAUGAUAAACGGAGAAAAGGUUGAAGUUGUCAAGGAUUUCAUCUUACUUGGAUCCACAGUCAACACCCAUGGAAGCAGCGGGCAAGAAAUAAAAGGACUCAUUGUAUCAGGCAAAUCUGCUGCAAAAGACCUCUUUAAAGUGUUGAAAAGCAAAGAUGUCACCUUGAAGACUAAGGUGCUCCUGACCCAAAUCAUGGUGUUUUUCAAGUCAUGGUGUUUUCAAUUGCCCCAUAUGCAUGCAAAAACUGGACAAUGAAUAGGAAGACCGACGAAGAAUUGACGACUUUUAAUUGUGGAGUUGGCAAAGAAUAUUGAAUAUACCAUGGACUGCCAAAAGAACAAACAAAUCUGUCUUGGAAGAAAUACAAGAAUGCUCCUUAGAAGCAAGGAUGCAGAGACUACAUCUCAUGUUCUUUGGACAUGUUAUCAGGAGGAAUCAGUCCCUGGAGAAGUACAUCAUGCUUGGUAAAGUAAAAGGUCAGUGAAAAAGAGGAAGACCCUCAACAAGAUAGAUUGACACAGUGGCUGCAACAAUGGGCUCAAGCAUAACAACGAUUGUGAGGAUGGCACAGAACCAGGUAGUGUUUCGUUUUAUGGUACGUAGGAUUGCUAUGAGUUGGAAUCGACCCAAGGACAUCUAACAAUAGCAACCAGUAACUGCACACCACUCUCGCUUAAGGAAACUAACACUUCCCCAUUCUCUGUGACCCAGUGGGACUCUGAUCUGUGAUCCCAAGCCUCCCCUUACCAUGAGAAGACAGUGUGAGCCACAAAGGCGGUCAUUCUACCCCUGCCUCCUAACAAAAGACUGCUCAUGCCACCCUGCUACUGUAAUUGCUACUAAAAAGUGAGUUAUAGCAGAUAGGCCCCCUGUUAUGGAUUUUUUCAUUGAUUAACAUACUCAGAGUUGCAAAAAAGAGCAAGCCUUCCACUUAUAUCUCUGAUGGAAACCAUGGGACACCAUGGUAUUCAAUGGAAAAACUUACCUGCGAUCACCUGAAAUCAUUCAUCCACUGAAAAUUAAGUUACAAAGAUUGAGAAGCUGCUGCUUUCAUCCACUAUGAUGGAGAUAAUAAGAUUAAGACCCAAGGAUUGUUUUAAGCAAAACAACAAUUUCAAAUCUGGAAAUUCUGUCCUUACUGCUAUGACUCAGAGAUGACCUAAAGGCAAACUCAGAGACUGAUUCCCUGGCUAGCUAAAUUACUAUAUUAUUUGAUUCACUAUAACAUUGAACUGCUUAUGUGAAAUUUGGAAACCCUGGUAGCAUAGUAAUUAAGAGCCACAGCAGCUUGAAUUUCCCACACACUCCUUGGAAACUCUAUGGGGCAGUUCUACUCUGUCCUAUAGGGUCACUAUGAUUGGAAUAGACUUGACAGCAACAGCUUUUUUUAAUGUGAAAUUUGGAGACUUGUCAGGAGUUGAACAGUGAUACCUGGGAUGAUUUGAGGACUCAGAAAGUAUCAAACCUCCAAACCACUCUAAAACACUUCCACUGCACAUUCCUCAUCUGAGAAUGCUCUCUCUUCCUUGAUAGUCAAAGAUUAUAAUUCUCAUUCCCACCCCAUAUUAUUGCUCUGUUAGUUUCCAGGAUUCAGAAUCAACGUGAUCUGAGAGUGAAAAAAAGAAUUAGAAAAAAGAAUGGGACAUUUAUGUUUAAAAUAAAUAACCAUAAUCCAUUAAUUUCUAUUUAAAAAAUAUGGAGAUUAUUUGUGGAAAAGGAUUUUGAGUAUAUUUGACAAGGGUGUGAACUGUACUUUUUAAAAUAAUUUUUAAAUCUUUAUACACAUAAUUUUAGGAGAGUGCACGAACAGGAACAUAUCAGGAAUGUUCUUCGUGGUGGUACAGUCUUUUUUUUUUUUUCUU